CGUGAUGCAUUACGAUAGUUCGCUCAAUGUCUACCAGAAAUGUUUCCACGACCGACCAGUAUCAGAAUGGCCUCAGCGGCGAAGGUGGUGUUGUUAGCCUGCGGAUCUUUCAAUCCCGUUACUAAUAUGCAUCUCAGGAUGUUCGAGAUAGCUCGAGACAGCCUGCAGAGGACAGGGCGAUACACGGUGGUAGAGGGUAUCAUAUCUCCCGUCAGUGAUAACUAUGGCAAGAAGGACCUCCUGUCUGCCAAACACAGGAUCGCCAUGUUGAAACUGGCGUUGAAGAGCCUGGAAUGGGUCAGAUGCGACACAUGGGAGUCGGAGCAGGAGAACUGGAGUGAGACAGCUAGGGUGUUGCGACACCACCAGGAGGUGCUCGACAACCUGUACAACACCAACAUGAAACCCACACCUACUAAACGCAGAAAGAAGAUCCGUACUUACGAAGACGAGGCUGACAAUGCAUCGUCGCCAAAGAUCACAGUGAACGACGCGGACAUCCCGAUACAGCUCCGUCUGCUGUGUGGCGCAGACCUGCUGCAGUCGUUCGGGGAGCCGGGAGUCUGGGCUGAGGAGGAUAUAGAAUAUAUACUUAGUAAACAUGGACUAGUUUGUAUCACAAGAGAAGGAUGCGACCCCCGGAAGUUCAUCUAUGAAUCAGAUAUCUUAUCAAAGUAUCAAGACAAUAUUCAUAUAGUUACUGAAUGGAUCACAAAUGAGAUCAGUUCUACGAAGAUAAGACGAGCCCUGAGGCGAGGUGAAAGUGUGAAGUUCCUGCUGCAGGAUGCGGUGAUCCAUCACAUCAAGGAGUACGAGCUGUAUGGCCUGCCUGACAAAAAUAAAACGACUGUUUGACAGAGGAAUGAAGUUUUUUGUACCUGUUAAAAUAUAUGUUGUUGAUUUUAUUAACAAAUAAUUGUACUAUUAUUUUGUUUUAAUUGUCUCAUGCCUGUUUAGCUUGUUAGAAAUGUUUUUAGUUGAUGUAUUUAAUCCUGACAUACACAUAAGCAGAAAGUAAGAUCGUUUGCAACUGCCGACCUGUUAUCGAUGACCUGUGUAAGGGGAGGUAAUCAAAAGUUGAAUUAAGAAAAUAUUAAAAGAGUUUUGUCAGAGUGCCUACAUAUAAAAAUCUAAAUUGUAAUUUUGUUAUCAUCAACUGAGUCUAAAUAUUUCAAUCAAAAAUGAAAUCAAAUUAGUUGUACCAAUUUAUAUACCAUAUCUUAAGUUUGAAUGUUGAAUGUGUUUUGCAAGUCUGUAUUUCAUAUUGUGACCAUAGUAUGGUUGAACUAGGGAUGUCACGAUACCAAUCUCAUUAAAAUCAGUUCUAAGUUCUCGCUAUCGCCAAACAAAGAUCUGAGGAAAAUUCCAUUAUGGGUGACGUCGGACAACCUUUCAUCCGACCAAUCAAAGCGUAGCUUACCAGAUCAUGAAAAUGACAGUCAGAAUGUUUUUUUCUUAUUAUGCAACCUCGAAAACAUUAACAUGGGGUAUUCCGAACGACUGAUUCUGUCAAAAUUAUCAUCUAUCUCUAAACAUUUGAACGGAGGAGGCGCUGCACAGUACGUGGGAAGCACUGCCAUAAAUCUCAAACAUAUAUUAGACAUUUCGGAAUGUUCGUCUUUUCAGUUUUCAAAAUUUUAAUCGAGAACUGUGUCAACAUAUUAUUCAAGCAUAGUCGGAAAUGGAAGUUGCCAGGUUGAAACGAGUGCCAUAAAGCUCGAGAAAGCUGCUUUCUAAUUGGCUGAUGUGACUUCUUAUUAGACAUUUCAGUGGUCGGUCAAAGUUUGCAAAAGGUCGUUCGGACGUGACCAGUUAUGGGAAAUCCUCAAAUCUUUGUUUUGCGGCAGCGAGAACUUAGAUCUGGUUUUAAUGAGAUUGUCACGAUACAGGUGUCACACGAUAUGAAUCAUAUCUCGAUACAGUGGCCACGAUACAAUACAUAUCUUGAUACUGCAUGUACAACAUUUUGUG